UCCAUCCUUCUGCAGCUGCUGUAGGCAGAUCCGUCAUGUGGGCACUGACAGCCCUUCUGCUCCUGGUUCCAAGCAGUGGGCAAGCUGCUACUCUGGAGAAGCCCAUAUUGUCUCUACACCCACCUUGGACCACAAUCUUCAAGGGGGAACGGGUAACCUUGAGGUGUGAUGGAUAUCAUCCUCUACUUCUGGAGCUCCGGCCCAUCAACACUCUCUGGUAUUUGGGCCACCUACUCUUGCCUUCUCAUAAGAAGAGCAUCGAGGUACAGACUCCAGGGGUAUAUCGAUGCCAGACACGGGGAGCACCCGUCAGUGACCCCAUCCACCUCUCUGUAUCCAAUGACUGGCUGAUCCUACAAGUGCCCUAUGCUGCGGUGUUCGAGGGCGAGCCGCUGGUCAUGCGCUGCCGUGGUUGGUACGACAAGGUGGUCUACAAGCUUCACUACUACCACGACGACCAGGCCGUGCGCUACUUUCACUCCAGCGCCAACUACACGGUGUUGCAGGCGCGCGCCAGCGACAGCGGACGCUACCAGUGCUCUGGCACCAUGCGCAUCCCAGUGGAGAGCGCGCCCAUGUUUUCCUCCAAGGUGGCUGUGACUGUACAAGAGCUGUUCCAGGCACCGGUGCUGAGGGUGAUGGGUUUGGAGGGGACCCACGGCGUGGUGGUCCUGCGCUGCGAGACGCGCCUGCACCCGCAGAAGCGCGACACGCCGCUGCAUUUCGCCUUCUACAAGUACAGUCGCGCCGUGCGCCGCUUCGACUGGGGCGCCGAGUACACGGUCCUGGAGCCCGAGCUCGAAGAGCUCGAAUCGUAUUGGUGCGAGGCGGCUACUGCCACCCGCAGUGUCCGGAAACGCAGCCCGUGGCUGCAGCUUCCGGGGCGCGGCUCUGCCCUGGACCUGAUCUCCACCACCGCCCCGGCCCCGCGGGCAGCAGCCUUGGCACCGGGUAAUAUGCCGCUUUCCUUCAGAAAGCCCCCUGUGUCCAGAUCGGUCCCUUCGGUCACCUCCGUCCGGAACACCACCUCCGUGGGACUGCAGUUCCCGGCGGGCGGCGCCCCCACGGCUGGGCCACCAGCCUGCGCUCUGCCCAUGAUCUUGGAACAGUCGCCUAGAGCCCUGAAACCAGACGUGGACCUUCUGCUCCGAGAAAUGCAGCUGCUCAAAGGCCUUCUGAGCCGGGUGGUCCUGGAAUUAAAGGAGCCACAGGCUCUCCCGGAGCUCAGGGGAACACCCGAGACCCCCACUUCCCACUUUGCCGUGAGCCCAGGAACUCCAGAGACCAGUCCUGUGGAAAGCUGAAAGGGCAGCUACCGUCCCCUCUUCAGGGUCAUUCCUCCCUGAUCUCUCCGGUUUUCCCUCACGUGGAGACCUGUCAAAGCCAUCUUUGUUUGCUUCCCUUUGUUUUGCUGUGGUUUUUAAAGAAGGGCCCAUGAAGUGUGGUGGCUGACGAUUUUGACCUCACACAGCAGUUUGUAACCACAAGCAUUCUCUCGGAUCUCUUCCUUCUCCUCAUAGAAUUCAGUGAGGAAGUAGAAACCUGUUAUUUACUACUGUGCAGUUUACCUUUGGAAGGGAAUUUAGUCAUCCCUAGCUCUUCAUAUAAGCCUUGCCCAGCAUGGGCAAUUUUUUUGGCACUUAAGUUCCUUGAGGGAACUAAGCACUUGAGAACAUUUUAGACUCAAGUUGUAAUUAUUAUAAUGAAUUUUCUGUCUGUUAAUAUUAAAAAGACUUUCAGUUCUAUUACUAAUGAGUUUAUAUCCUCAAAGUCCUGGGUUCCAUUUA